GUUUGAUUAUCAUGUGGGUGGCUACCCUUAGCGGGAUACCAUCUUCGUGUUUGUUAGGUUAUAUCCUUUGUGAAUCUAUACAGAGUGUGUUUGGUAAUGGCGUAAGUAUGAUUUAGUCCGGAGAAGAGCCUAUAAAGAACAAUAAAUAAUCAACGAAAAAUAUAGUUUGCUCUUCUAAUGAUUCAACUGGAUCUGUAUUUGCACGAUGUUAAUGUUUUGCCCAACGUGUGGCAAUGUGCUCCGAGUAGAAGAAGCUGUGGCAGGAUUGCGUUUCGCGUGUAACACGUGUCCAUACAUAUUCAAUAUCGUGAGAAGAGUAAGCAGUCGUACGUAUCCAAAAUUAAAGGAGGUUGAUGAUGUAUUAGGUGGAAGCGCAGCUUGGGAAAACGUCGACUCUACUGAAGAAAGAUGUCCAAAGUGCUCUAAUCCUAGAGCAUAUUUCAUGCAAAUUCAAACCAGAUCUGCCGACGAGCCUAUGACAACAUUUUACAAAUGUUGUAAUCCUCAAUGUGGUCACAACUGGCGCGAGUAAAGUGCUAUUUCUUACUAGGCGGAAAGAGAAUGAUUUCGUAUGCAAAAGAAAUGGGUCCAAUGAGUACUUUAGUAAAUUCAGCUCAUAAAGAAGUGGAAGCACUAAAAUGGCAUG